AUUUCCAUCCCAUUUCCAUCGGAGACAGUGGGAUGAUGAGAUCAACAAUGGUCGGCGGCCUAAAUACCCUAAUUUUGGUCGGCUUUGGACUUACAGAUCUGGUAACAGGAGAUUUUCACUUAGAGAAGAAAGGCAGAAUCAGGCAUCCCGACAAUAAAUUUGGUGGUGAGCACAAGCGGAAGUGGCCUUUUAGAUCCCCAGAAACCCUGAACUUGCAGAAUUCAUACGUCUACAGCAGCUCAUAUUUUGUUGGUAAAACUACUUCAUCCAUCUCUUUCCCGAGUAGAAACUAUAGAUUCAAGUUUCACAUUCAAUACAAUGCAUAUGAACUCUUCUACUCUUUCUACAAUCACAAUAUCUGCAUAACUGGCCAAGGAAGGAAAAACUUCCACAUUUGGUUCGAUUUGGACUCUGUACAUUGGCUGGUAGAAUCUAUUUCCAGGCUAUCAAGUACUAAAACAAGAGGUUUGUAUAAAUUUGAUGAUAAUAGAGCUCUCGAAAUAUGUCUAGAAUCAAAUAGAAGAGGGGAAUUCAUUCGUAUUUUUGAGGAUCGAAAGGAAGGUAUUUCAUUUUUAUUGGUGCCGUAUGGGGAUAAAUGUGAUGGAUUUAAGCUGUUUUCCAAGGCCUUGAACUCUUUCCUUGAUAAGAUCUCUCACACUCUUAAAGGGAAUGCCACUCAUAGUGAGGAGAACCCUCAACUCCCAUGCAUUCAGAUUGCCUCUUCUUCCCCAAAGACGGGUGAACCUAUAAAAACCUCAUCCAGUGUCUCUCCUGAAGUGGAAGUCUCGGAUUUAAAGGUGGAUGAGGUAAUAUUUGCCUCUACACCUCUCUUGGAAUUGGGUUCACCAUCUCAACAACUUCACUCGAGCACAGAGGAUAAGUGUGUAGGCAUAGGAAGGUCGGAGGACUUCUCUACAGCUCCUUUGAGAGAAACCACACCGGCAGACAAACAGAUGACUAUUUUUGAGGGAGAAGAACGACCAAAGAUCAUCAUUUCAGACUCAUACACUGCUUCAUUUCCACCACUGCCAAGAAGGAACUUAUCACCUUUUGCCCCUGCAUUUGUCCUGCUUUCAAACAACUCAUUUGUUGCGCUGCUCAACCAAGAUCAAGGAUACCUUGAGGAAGAGGACCCUUUUUCAAAUUUUCAUGAACGGAGCCUAGUUCUAUACCCUAAUGCAGUGGAAGACCAUGAAAAGGAGAGGGAUGGACCCACUCUUUACACCCAUUCAGAGGGGGAGGAUUAUGUGUUCAUUGAUUCCAAGCUUAAGCCGCUUCAAAUAGACCCUUCAAGAUGUCCCAAGCACCCCUUUCAUCUCCGUAAGGCACUAAAGGGCAGAAGGACAUACUCUCCAUCUCAAGUGGUUACUAGAAGUAAGGCUAAAUUACUCGAAGAAGGGAGAAGAAAAACUCCAAUUGGCUGGGAAGAGGAAGAGGAAAUGCACGAUCCACAGGAAUCCCAUGAAGACGAGAUCAUCAAAUACUUCAAGCUAUGUUGUCCUAAUAAAAAAGUUGAUCCUAAACCUCCAACUAAAACAUUGAGCAAAAGUCAGAAAAAGAAGUUAAAGAAGAAAAAGAAUAAGCGGCAGGUAACUGAUGCUUAUGAGGAUGAGAACAUUGAUCUAGACUAUGCCUAUUGAGUAAUGUUUUCUGUGCACCCAUGUUAGAUUUUAGAUCUGGUCCUGCUGGGUUAGCGCUAAGAUGGAGUACUUCCUUCUGCUCAUGAGGGACAAUGGACUUGGGACAACUGACUUUUGUUUUGUUACAGGGGUCAUUUUCUGUUCUCUUGCGUUACGUUAUGUUUUUUUAUUAGGAUUCAUCUUGCAGUCUUGCAGGGACUAUUUGGUCUUCACUCUUGAAUUUCCACUUUGAGACCAUAAUCCUCAAGGGACACUUUUGCAUAGUACUCUUCCCAAACUGCUAGGAGUAACUUUACCCACAUCAGCAUUGGCUGGAAGGACCCACGCUGGAAUCUCUGCUACCUUAUAUUUGAGCUCAUUGACCUAGAUUUGGGAGCAGUGGCACGAGGACUUACAGCAGCUCUAAUGAGGUCCACCACUUUAGGAUGAGCUGUCUGAAUUA